AUGGCUACAACUCUCUGCCACUCAUACAUGGAGUCCCAACUCGUCGACUCCAGAAUACACAGACUCAUCCUGUCAUCACACAGACUCAGCCCCAAGAGUCUGGAGCUCUGCACCGAAAACCUGGGCAACGAGACGGGCAGCGACAUCAUAGAGAGCGGCAUUGAGCUGCUCUCUUCCCAUUCAUCGGAAUGUGGCGACGGUGAAGUGAGUCCGGGGAUGAUAAGGGAGAAGCGAGAAAGGAAAGCGCGUGAAGGUCGGAGUUUUCCGCCGCCGUUGACAACGAUAACAGGAUCCGAAUCCAUACGAGUGAGGCCCCACAGAGAAGGUGGGAGGCUAGUGCUCCAGCUCAUUAAGGUCCCAUCCUCUUUCCGAGCAGAGAGAAGCCCCGGUCGUCUUCGCCUCUGCUUUUGGACUGAAAUGCAACAUCACCACCACCACCACAUUGAAGACGCGGUGGAGGAUGAUCAAGAAGAUGAGGUAGAAAAAACACAAGACCAUCAACAUGAUGAUGAUGUUGAUGAUGAUGACGACGGUGUUGAUCCUGAGAAUAACGAGUGUGAAUGGGAACUCUUCCAGAAACAUACAAAAGAGCGCAAGCAGCGGCAGCAGGUGAGAGUGGAAAGUACCAAGUUCGAGUGGCCAAGCAGCAGGUGCAAGGAAGAAGAACAUGAAAACAUUAAUGAUUUGAUAAUAUAUUGGGGGGAACCAGUUCGUUUAAUUUCUAUUUAA